GACGCGUAACAAAUAGCGGCCAGUUGUACGAGAUCGAGUGAGCCGAGAGGUUAUGUCAGCGUUCGCGUUGCUCUGUGUCGCACUGUCAAUUGCUACAUCCUCGUACUGGGAUUUCACCAUGCCGGACAUGUGAAACACAUCUACUCAUUCUGAUAUUCUACUUCCAUCUAGUCUUCCCUUCUUGUCGAGAAUCUCCACAACACUCGUGCAUGGAUGCUUAUUGCAUCAACACACUUCCUCGUGCUAGAUUUUAGUUUGCUAAUUUGAUGUUUAGUUUCGAAUUGGGCAUUAUGUACCUACGUUUCUAGUGAUUUGCUAUAAUAAACGAGAAUCCAACUGUCAGUGUCAAAAUGUGCACGGCGAAGGAGUCAACUUCCGCUAACCUCACUUCUGACAAUGAAUCUCAGGACUGGAAUCUCUUGACCAUGAUUGCUGGAUCUAUUACUAGAAGGUGUGCAGCUAGCAGCCUAACGAUGUCGCGAGUGUUGGCAAUCGGCGUGCUGGUGCUAUGCUUCGGCUGUCAGCUGGUGCCGGUGGACGGCAAGUACGACUGCAAGGAGAACACGCCCGCCAACUGCAGCUGCUCCAGGGACAUCAACGGCAACUACGACCUGCUCUGUCCGUUCUCCAAGCCAGCCAUCAUGCUGCAGAUCGAGAGCAACUCCGAGACCAACGUCAAGCUGCAGUGCGACUCCAACAUCCCCGACGAUUUCAAAAUCAUCUCAGGUGCCAACAUAGGCGAAACUGGCAUCUUGUCCAUCAAGUUCUGUUCCAUACCCAAUGCCCCCUUCAAGUCGUUGAUGAAAUCAAUGGGUAUCCCGAAAAUCCAGAAACUCGAAAUCAGCUACAGCGCUUUUGAUGAGACCAUCAGUAGAAAGCAUUUUGAAGGCUUGAGCGAUAUUGACACUUUGAGGCUGGAUGAAAGCAAUCUGACUGUGAUACCUGACGACUUGUUCCAAGAUGUGACCAACGUUUCCUGGCUGAAUAUCAGGGGCAACUUCAUAACAGAUCUACCCAAAGAUGUAUUCAGGUCGCUAACUAAACUACAGGUGCUUGAGUUGGGAAAUAAUAAAUUGAAAAAUCUCGAACCAGGUGUGUUCAACAACCUCACCAGGUUGAGACUGUUGAACCUUUGGAGCAACCAGUUGACUGACAUCAGUAGAGCUGUGUUCACGAGCACACCCAACCUCGAGUCGCUCGAUCUGAGUCACAACAGUCUGGUCUCACUGCGUACCGAUAUUUUUGCCGAUCUCAGCAAAUUGGAAACGAUAAAUUUGUCGGGAAAUGAGUUUUCAACACUGCCACAAAAUCUGUUUUUGGACAACCUCAAGCUGAAAAUGUUCACAAUGGUCAAUCAGCGCACUCUGAAGACAAUCCCCUCUCAGCUUCUCGCCAAUCUGGAAUAUCUGCAAUUCGUCCAGAUCAGCAGAUCGCAGAUAUCUUCCCUGCCCAAGGAUGUGUUUUGGAAUUCGACUUCGAUUGCUAGCAUCAUGCUGAACGAGAAUCAACUGACUGAGCUGCCAGUCGAGCUGUUCAGAGAUAAUGGCGAAGUGAAAAAAAUUGAUAUCAGCUCCAACCAGAUAACUUCGUUGCCAGAUGAAUUAUUCAAGUACAAUAAAAAGUUGACUGGAUUGAAGGCUUCUCGUAACAAGCUGAAAUUUCUAUCUGCAGACCUUCUUGAGGGGCUGUACGACUUGAAUGUGAUUGACAUGAGUUUCAAUAGAAUCGAGGAGAUCCAUCCGAAUGCGUUUCAACGCAAACCCAAACUGGAAGUAAUCGACUUCACCAACAACUUUUUGACGUUUGAAACGAGCCAGCAAGGUGCCCAGUCGCCAUUCCAGUACUGUAAGGAACUGAAAACCCUGAAGCUGGCUAAUAAUUCGAUUGGAACGUUUUUCGAGGACUGGCAUUUCAUACUCACUAGACUUCAGUACCUUGAUUUGAGCUACAAUAAAAUAUCUAUUAUUCAGGCGGAAGACCUCCAGUUCAACCUGAUCCAGGAAAUCCUGAAAGUGGAUCUAUCCCACAACAACAUCUCACGGUUCGACAUGAGCGGCUUGGAGCUGAUUGCCAAGCAUCAGUGCGACCUGACCAGCGGCCAUCCCAACGAGAAGAUAUUCGCCAAAAUCAUCCUGGCCGGAAACCCUCUAGACUGCGACUGCAAGAUCUACGAUUUCCUCAGGUUCGUGGAGAGGCGAAUGAUCGACGAAGCCUACUGUCACCUGGAGAUCGACACUCAUGGCUUGCUGUGCGCCGGCCCUGGGACAUUGAAGGACAAAGAGGUGACCACGAUCUCGUCACGAGCGGUCACGUGUGACGUGCACCAUCUGCACGAUCUGGUCAGCAUGGACGACAGAGCCAGCUGUCCCCAUAGGUGUCAAUGCUCCUACCGACAGGCCGACUCUGCUCUGCUGGUCGACUGCAUGGACCUGGGUUUGGUGCAUUUGGACCACGCUUUCAUGCUGCCAACCUACAAUAUCUACACUCACUUCUCCAGAAUCAACCACACCAUUCUGUACCUGAACAGAAACGAACUGCAGUCUCUGCCGCAGCAUCUCGACAAGGGGUUCAUGAAGGUCACGCAUCUCUACUUGGCCUCCAACAACCUCUCAUACAUAAACAUCACUCAGCUUUCACCAAAUAUAACUGUACUGGAUUUGACCAAUAACAAUUUGACUCAUCUUGAUGACGAUUCAAUUGCUUUCUUAGAGCAGGCUCAAAAGUUGGAGCGACUUUCGCUGCAAAACAAUCCUUGGACAUGUGACUGCAGUGCACGAAGCAUGCUUACUUUCGCGCAGGAAAAUUUCAAAAAGGUUGAGAUGCUGAGCAACAUCACAUGUGCUGGGGGUGGCCACCUACUGCAGUUAUCACUGGAGGAGCUGUGUCCCAUCCCGACAACAGGCAUCAUUGUAUUCAGCGUGGUCAUUGCCGUGCUGGGCAUUGUGAUAGGAGUGCUGGCAGCUUUAUACUAUCGAUAUCAGUUGGAAAUCAAAGUGUGGCUUUAUGCCCAUCAGAUGUGUCUCUGGUUCGUCACUGAAGAGGAUCUCGACAAGGAUAAGAUCUACGACGCUUUUGUCAGCUACUCGCAUCACGACGAAGAUUUCGUCAUCAAACAGCUGGUGAGGAAAUUGGAGGAAGGACCCAAGAACUACAAACUGUGUCUGCACUACAGGGAUUGGAUUGUGGGCGACUGGAUUCCGAAUCAGAUCGCGAGGUCUGUGGAGGACUCGAAGCGCACCAUUGUUGUGCUGUCUCCGAACUUCUUGGACAGUGUGUGGAGUAAGAUGGAGUUCAGAACGGCGCACAAGGGAGCGCUGAAGGAGAAGCGAGCCAAGGUGAUUCUGAUUCUGUACAAAGACAUUGGGCCGACCGAGAAUCUGGAUCCCGAACUGAAGGCGUACAUGUCGAUGAAUACGUACUUGCGGUGGGACGACCCCUGGUUCUGGGACAAACUGUACUACGCGCUGCCGCAUCCGUUGCAGUUCUCCAACCGCAUCCCGAUGCUGUCGCGGUCGCGGCCGCAGCAGACGCCGUCCAAGCCCAUCCUCGACCUGGACAAGACCGAUCUCAUAAAGGGCGGCAGCGACCCCAACGCCUCCCCCCCGGCCACCACCACCCCUCCCGCCGAGACCUUUCUCAACGCGCAGCCAUCCCUCAUCCCCAAUGGCACCGCCAACGCCAAAUUACAAGUCAAAGUAUAGACUUCCGUCUGCCACUAUUUAUUCGACUAGCAACCUUUUGUGUUCGUCUUGGAUGCCAAUUGUGUUGCUCACUUUAUGAUCUAUGCAUAUAAAGUAUUGCCAUAGAGGAAAGAUAGCAAAGCUUAUGAUAUCUUUUCUCUAUGGUACUGUAUAGCCGUUAUAUAGAUAAGGGAGGUUGGUCAAAUGUGUCGAGCUGUCAUUUUUCCGUGAGGAUUCCAGACCAUAUUAAACGUUUUUCAAGCAUUUUCUCAGGCGGCUCUUGGGACGCCAAUCGGAGAGUUAACUGCCCUGCUGACUCGUGCAAAAACGCCUGCAAAAAACGUUCAAUGUAGCUUGUCCCUAACAUUGUUAUAGAUUGUUGUUCAAAUUUGAACAUGACUUGAUAAAACUGCCACAGUUCAAUUCAUCCGAAGAUAACCUAGUCUUAAGUUAUCACAGUAUUACAUCGUUACAGUAUUCACAAGUUGAUAAAUUCAUUAUUGAAAUCCACCUUAAUGUCACCCCCAUCACUAGGUAAUAAAGUAAGUAGUGAUUCUUAUUGAUAAUCAUUAUGUAUCUUAACCACAUCAUCUUCGUCAUUUAUAGUUCAAUAUAAAGCUGCGUACAGAUAUACGUGCCUCCAACCCGCUCCGCGCAAGCUCCGCCCUCGUUCCUCCAUCGCUCCGCCCCCGCUCUGCAGUCGCACCGAUCAUGAACGUUACGGGAGAUGUUAGCUCUUCUCGCGUUCCACUCUUGCUCCCCGGUCGAUCAUCAAUCGCUCUGCUCGAGUGACGUUCGGUUGCGGAGCAUAGCGAAAGUCUGUACGCACCUUUAGGGGCUAUUACUCCCCGAGAUUUUUAUUUUAAAAGACUUGAAUUAGCACUGAUCAACCUCUUCCAUUCUAUUACCGUGCUGUAUAGCUCACUAAUGUUUAUAAUAUUUAUUGUUGAAUGAAGUUUAGGUAUAGUACAAAAGUUAUUUUAGUAUUUCAACUUAGAUCUUAAUAUUGGAUUAAUGUCUAUUUCGAUUCGAAUUUUCUAAGCUACGAUUUUUAUAGUAUGAUAUUUUCUGUGAAAGUAUUAUAUUUUAUUAUUACAAUGAUAACUCUUAACGAGUUCAAGAAUAAGAACAUGUGAUGAUUCUUCAUGAAUUCUAGAUGAAAACUGAAAAAAUCAGCUAUUAUAUUAUUUUGAUGAGGAUUCAAUAUUGAGUGUUUGAUAGGAACUUGGUUUAAACAUUACAAUUGGUUCAAACAUUAUUGUUUGUUUUAGCAUUUUUACGAAUGUGAUUCGCUAUCACAAUAACAUGACAGCUGUUCAACAAAUUUGCUGUUUUUAUCGAGAAAAAUCUACAAAAAAUAUAAAAUGUAAAUACAAAGUCUGAAUCAACUUGGUUGAAUCAGAAUGUCUAAUAUUUUUUAUACAAUGUGUUCUUUCAAAAGAAUUCCAUGCAUUGUCAUGGAAUGUAAAAAAAUAGUAGGCUAUAUGAAUGAUGUAAUGUAUUUCAUAAUUCAAUAUUCCAGAGAACAUAAUUUAAUGUUUUGAUUUUCCGUACUUGAGAAAAUAAUAAUUAAUAUUAAGGAAGCUGGAAGUAUGACCUGUUUCAUAGGAAUAUUUUAUACUAUUAUGAUUCAACAUGACAAUACUCUCUGAGGAACUCAUUUGAUUUGAUGUGAGUCUAAGCUGUCUGGAAAAUUAUGUUAUGCUUUGCGGAUUGCUAUUCAUAAUUAUCUUUAUGUAGACUUGCCAAAAUAAUUUUUUAGGAUUUGUAUUCCUUAAUUUCCAAAUAUUUCACUAACGUUACAUUUUCUUAAAGAUCUCUGGUCACCAAAUAACAUCCAAUCUAUCAAAAACAAUUUUUUCAGUUGCUUCCAAAAUCCAAAAAUGAAUCAAUUCCAGCUUAGAUCUGACUCAAGGUUGACAAUGAUUCAUACUAAAACCGUGCCAAAGUUUAUUAUAGAGUGAUGUCAAGCAAUCUCUGAUAGCUAGGGUAAGAUUUUAUAUAACAUUUUUAUUAUUUCAUUGUAGGAAUAAUUGAGUUGUUACCUAUGUAGCAGCUAAUACUAUUACUUUUUCUAGCAUGUUUUAUGGAAUUCAUACUUUGCUUUUUUGUUAUAUCACUAAUCGAUUUUUAAUCGAGACUUCGUGUUGAAUUCUUAUGUAAUAUUAUUCAGAUCAACUAGAAUGAGGGUGGACGCACCACAAAUAAUAAGACGUGGUUUGCAGUAUUAAUCACACAUUACUGUAAUAUUUGUAACCAUACAUUUUUCAUUUUUUCAACAUGAUGAUCUCCUACAACAUCAUUCAAUUUGUGAAUAGAUAAUAUGUAAUCAUUUAUCAUUUUCAUAAUAUUCCCUCACAAAACAUUCAUAAAAAACAGAAUACCAAUAUUAUAUUUUCUCAGGCACUUAUAAAAUAAUCAUUAUUAUUGAAAAACAUUUUGAACAUGCUAUCCCAUUAUUAUUUCAUUUUCUCUGACACUUAUUUUAAAAUUAUUGUGAAACAAAUCUAAAACUCUCUUCACACUAAACGGGAAAUUUUAGCAAUAAAAUAUUAACCAAAACAACUAUCAUUGGCUUCGGUUUCUAUUAACAUUUAAAACUAGAGGCUUAUAUGCUCUACUCAACUACAAAGCAAAACUCAACACUACAGCCCGGUUUCCAGAACACCCACCAAAUCCAACGGACCAUUAAAUGCCAAGCCACAUGAAGUGCUUUUGCACAUGCGGGCGAGUCGGCUGAUUCCCGAACGCCAACUCAGUAUGGAGAACAUCAGAUGAGACCACAAUCUGAAGAACGUCAGCUUAUUAUCAGCUGAUGGGGUUGGCGUUCGGGAAUCAGCUGACAAUCAGCCGAUCGGAGAGCUUCCUGCCCUGCCAACUCGUCCGCCGCCAGUACAAAAAAGAUUUAUGUGGCUUGGCCCUUAAUCUAUAGGUAUAAUGGUUCACUAGAACCAAUAAGUGUUCUAGAAAACGGGCCCAAACCUACCCGAAUCAUGAAUAAACCCUUAUUAUUCUUCUCAUAUGCAUUAGUAAACAUACAUCACUAAAAUAUAGUUAGUUCACACAAUGUAUUGAACGUACUUGUAGAUAUCUAUUAUCUCAUUACAUUACCGUUGUAGUAUAUUAUAACAGUAUUAGUAAAACCAAUAAUAAAUUACAUAAUAACUUGAAUGUUGAUCUAUAGAACUGUUUCUAAUCGUCUUGAAGUAUUUUGAUCAUCGUCUGAAAAUAAUCUAUAUUUUACAUAUCAUGUCUUUCAUGUCUAGAUGUUAACAAAGCUUUGUUGAGAUGAAUUGUUCUUGUUCAUCCAUAAUAAUAUUUAGGGCCUAAUUAACUUGUAUCUAAGAUAAUAGUGUACGACUUUUACUACAACUUGUUGAAUAUCCGGAGUUCGUUUUUAGGACAGCACUUUUAGCAACACUGAUUUCUGUUUUUAUAUUUUUGUGAAUAUAGCCUACUAAAGCAUUAGAAUAGUUAUCAACAGUUCAACAAAAACUUGUAGAAAUUUGUGAAUCAUCUAUUUAGUUAUUUUUUGCAAUUGCUCUAGCUGGUAAAAUUAGUGAGAAUAUUUUUUUUUAUGUAAGGAUUCUAUGAAGACUGAUUAGUAUGAUAAUCUAGUUGAGAAAACAGUUAAAAUAGACUUUUGAUGUAGUUAUUGUAAAGUGUACAAUUAAAAUAAAACAGUUGUUUUCAACCUAAA